GCCUCUAUGUGGGCACUUUAACAGAUCUUUCGGGGGUUUUUUUCACAGUAAGGGGGCUGUGGAGGGAGGCCUCUUUUUUUUUUUUUUUUUUUUUAAUUUUCACUGUCUGAUGACUGUUUGCACGGCUGAUUAUUGAGCUGAUUGUUGAUUAUUUUGGCCGCUGUUGUCCGACGCCCUGUGCGUUCUUUCCUCCCUUUUUUGGAAUCGGCGACCUAUCGCGGGGCUCACCAAUGUCCUAUCCUCAGGGUUACCUCUAUCAGCCCCCAGGCUCUCUGGCUCUUUAUUCGUGUCCGGCUUACGGGGCAUCGGCUCUGGCUGCCCCGCGGAAUGAAGACUUGGCGAGGUCGUCCUCUGGCUCAGCCUUCAGCCCUUACCCUGGCUCGGCUGCCUUCUCCGCCUCGGCCGGCGCAGGCUUCUCCAGUCCACUGUCAUACUCCGCGGAUCCAACUGCGGGAUUCCCAUCCUACAUGUCCUCUCCAUAUGACGCGCACACGACGGGCAUGGCCGGGGCAUUAAGUUACCACCCGUACGGUAGUCCGGGGUACCCCUACCAGCUCAACGACCCGGCUUACCGCAAAAAUGCCACCAGGGACGCCACGGCCACGCUCAAGGCCUGGCUGCAGGAGCACAGGAAGAACCCGUACCCGACCAAGGGAGAGAAGAUCAUGCUGGCCAUCAUCACCAAAAUGACCCUGACGCAGGUCUCCACAUGGUUCGCCAACGCCAGGAGGAGGCUCAAGAAGGAGAACAAGAUGACAUGGGCGCCCAGGAAUAAGAGCGAGGACGAGGACGAUGAGGACGGGGACGGGGAGAGGAAGGAGGUGGAGCGCUCCGAAAAAACCCUGGAUAACAGCGAGGCUUCAGCGGAGGAUGAAGGUAUCAGCUUGCACGUGGACACCCUGACGGACCACUCCUGCUCGGCGGAGUCAGACGGGGAGAAGGUCAGCUGCGUGGGCGAGCUGGGCUCCGACCAGGCCGGAGACAAAUGCGACGAGGACGCCGAGGACCAGGACCGCGAGCAGCGGGCUCAGCUGUCGCCCAAACCCGUCACGUCGUCGCCUCUCACGGGAGUAGAAGCCCCGGUCCUCAGCCACCACCAUCACCACCACCACCACCAACACCUCCAUCACCUGCACCACCUCCACAGCCAGCGCGAGGAUUUGGCCCGGAGCCUCGGCAACAAUAUGAGCACCAACAAAUCGCCCUCAUGCCUGGACAGCAGGCCUCAGAACCCUGCGGUCAAACCCAAACUGUGGUCGCUGGCGGAGAUUGCUACCUCGGACCAAAAGCAGCAACAUCAGCAACUGGGGCAGCCCGGGCAACCGAAUUGCCCCUCCUCCUCCUCCUCCUCCUCCUCCAGCGGUGGGCUCCUCACUCCCCCAACGCCUUCCACAACCUCCCCGGCUGCCAGCUCCCCCUCCCUCUACCCGGCCCCCUCCAUCCUUGGAAGACCUAUUUAUUACACGUCUCCCUUUUAUAGCAAUUACACAAACUAUGGCAACUUCAGCCCCCUGCAGGGUCAAGGGAUCCUGCGCUACACUAAUUCAUCCGGAGUGAGUCUGGCUGCAGCCGCCGCCGCCGCCGCUGCUGCUGCUGCAAACGAGGGUCUGAGCUCCUCUCACCAGGCUCUGGAGGCCAGCACAAACCCCAAACACAGGCCAGACUCUCCGCUCGUUAAAAAUAACCCAAACCAGAUUGUUGUUGUCGAGCAACAGCAGCAUUUCAGACCUGCAAAUUUAGAAUCAAAGAAAGGUACGUAAUGACGCGGUGCGUAAAAGUGUUCAAAACAUGAUGGUGAUAGCUUCUGAGAGAGAGAAAAAAAAACGUAUUUAAUCUAGUGUUGAAUCUUGGAAUUGUAUUUUAAUUUAAAACACUGGAAAGGGGGAGGAAAUCGCUCCAUGGUGGAAGUAAAAUGAGUUCACUUGUUUCCACUGCAAAUCAACUGGUUUUCUUUGUGUCACUUCCAUGUGUCACUGUGGUGACCCCAUGGGAGCCAAGUGACUAAAUGAAGCCUUUAUUCUCUUUGCCUAAGAAACAAGUGACUUUAUCUGACACUGUUGACAGAUUUUCACUCGUUUAAAGAGAAAUACGAUUUUAGGACUGAAUAUGAGACUAAAUGACUUCAUAAGGUGGACAUUUUUUUACAGCACCGUCUGAGCAAAUGAACGCGCACUAUGGCCUAUAAUUCGUUUUCACUGCAGUGGUUUUCAUAACUUUCUGGAGGGGGGUCAGUUUUUAAUUGUCCAUUUUUUAAAAACUAUAUGCAUUUUCUUUUUCUUUUUUUUGUCUUUCUGGAUCUCGUGGGAUCAUUCAGAAUCAGGCGACGGGAUUUUAAUUUGCAACAAGUUUGCCUUAGAAAGCAGCGAGGAUGUAAGACGACGAGCCAACUGCAAACAAACGAGCACAUGUACAGAUAGACGUUAAAAUAAGAAUAUGAAGGGCAGGCCUCAGAUCUGCCUGCACACACACACACACACACACACACAUACACACACACACACACACACAGUGGCAGCCUGUGAAUCCAAUAAGCAGAGAAAUGUUGCCAUAGCUUUGAGCAGGAAUCCAAUUUUUACUGUUUCCUCUGCGUGUGUGUGUGAGAGAGUGUGUGUAUGUGUGUGGGUGUGUGUGUGUGUGAGUGCCCCCCCCCCCUUCACCAGACCUUAUCUUCUCCCAGCUUCGGAUAAUUAUAAUUACACAGGGUCAGCCAAAAGCAAACAAAUUAGUGAGUUUGCUCUGUGCAGUCAUCGCGCAACUUCACAUCCUCAAAUGUCACUUCUAGGUGGUUGGUGUGGUUACUGUCCUUGCGCACGUUUGAAGCUUUCCCUCCCUGCCGCCGGAGAGCCUUUUUUUUUUUUUCUUUAGCAGCAGUGGGGAUUUUUAAUAAGCACUUGCAGCACAGCUUUUUUUUUUUUUUUUUUUGGUUAGAGCCAGCCUUGACAACCUUUGUGUUUUCUGGGGUUGUGGAUGGAAUUGACCAUUUGUGAUCCUUUUUACUUUUUAUUUAUUUUUUAAAAUUUUUAUUUCCAUGGUCUGCAGGUAGGUGUCACAAUUGCUUUGAUUAUAAAAGGAGAAAGGACACCACCUUUUUAGCCUCACGUUUUAACCCCCCCCUCACAACCUUUCUUUUUUUUUUUCACUCCCAAACUGGAUCUAGUGCCACCAUGUAGUCGGGAAUGAACGCUGCUACCGCUUUCCUCAGACUGAGACGGUCUCCACAGCACACGUCUGUCACAUUAUUAUUAUUAUUAUUAUGACUGUAUCGUUUCAGCUGACUUUUUUUUUUCCUUUGAUGCAUUAUGGAUCAUCAUUUUUUUUUCUUCCAUGUGCUGGUUUGAAACAAAUCUCCCAUUAUAUGUGAUUUUACAUGUUAUUUCUCAGGUUCCUCUAGUUUGCUUAUUUGCCACGGUAUAUUAUUUCAGUAUAUAUUUACGUGUGGAAAACAAACAACAUUUUUCUUUUUUUUGGCCUGAUAAACCAUUUGUAAACGGAGGUGUCUUUGGGACGUAAAGUGGACCGAACUGAAGAGAACUUGAGGACUUCAAAGUGGAAUAGCCUACAUUUGAUAUUUAUUUUUUUAAAUGAUGGCGACACGAUGCCUAUAAUUUAUGCAAGUUGUAUUGCAAAAAAAAAUGGGAAACUGACAUCGUCUGCUUGUUUUGUAAAUAUAUAUACAUAUAUAUAAAUAUAUAUAUUAUGGACGGUUUUUAUUUGAGACGCAUUUGGGGGGGAACAAAAAAAAAAGCUACACAAUCUUGUUAUCAGGAGUACUUUUACUAAUUUAUAUCUUUGAAUGUAAAUAAAAAUCAAAACGCGCUGGUAAAGAUAUACUGGCGGGGGUAUUAUAUCCAUUAUUCAAAUGAGAAAAUAUUAAACUGUUUUCCCAACUAUUA